CCUCCUCCUCCUCCUCCCUCCUCCCUCCUCCUCCUCCCUCACAGGGGGAUGAGGAGAGAAGUUUCCCUGCGGCGCACUCCGCCGAACAUUUACUGUAUUUCAUUUGGGGAACGGCAACAAGAGUGUGCGCGAGAGGCUUUCCAGGGAAUGGCGCGGAAUAUCUGACUGCACCGCAAAAAACACCACGCGCAGCUGACUUUGUCUCCACAGACCAGCAGGGACAAGAGAGUCAAGAGAGACAAGACAAUUCGCUUUUACUUCUCAUUGAUGUCGCCAAAGUGAGCCCGGGUCAGAAGGACAGCGGCCGCACGCUGACUGUUUGUCCGUCCGUCGAGGUCCUGGAGCAGAGCGCGAGACAGACGAAGCGAAAGACGUCAGACGAGGAGGACAGAGGAGACGAAGACAGUCCGAGCGAGCGAGACACGAGAGACAAGAGGGUCAGGAUGAACAGCAGCAGCAACAAGAUCGAGAAGGAGAGCGAGCAGAGUGAAUUCACCAACCACGAAGAGGAGGUCCGAACGCUAUUUGUCAGUGGGCUACCGCUGGAUAUUAAGCCGAGGGAGCUCUAUCUCCUCUUCAGACCAUUUAAGGGCUAUGAAGGCUCCUUAAUAAAACUCACUUCUAAACAGCCGGUGGGGUUUGUCAGCUUUGACAGUCGAUCAGAGGCGGAGGCUGCUAAGAAUGCCUUGAACGGGGUUCGGUUUGAUCCAGAGAUCCCUCAGACCCUGCGGCUGGAAUUCGCCAAGGCCAACACCAAGAUGGCCAAGAACAAGCUGGUUGGCACCCCCAACCCCCCUCCCUCCCAGCAGAGCCCUGGGCCAACGUUCAUUGGCAGAGACCCAUAUGAGCUCACAGUGCCUGCUCUAUAUCCCAGCAGCCCAGACGUGUGGGCUUCAUACCCGCUGUACCCGGCGGAGCUGUCGCCGGCCCUCCCACCCGCUUUCACCUACCCCUCCUCGCUCCACGCUCAGAUUCGCUGGCUCCCACCUGCAGAUGGAACUCCUCAGGGAUGGAAGUCCAGGCAGUUCUGCUGAAGUAUGUGUUCCUGAUGUGUGAUGGUGGCCGUGGCCGGCUGUGACGGGCGUUGCUGAUUGCCUCUCGUGUCCAAUUAGAAUCCAGGAGGACUGACCUGUCUGUGGCUCUCGGAGCAGCGUACCGUCGGCAGCAGCAGCCUCAUGGUCCUCAGGACAUACUAGACCCCAGCCUCCAUCACACAUCGAGCACCACCCGCCCUCCCCAAAGUCCCUCCAACUCUUUUUUUAUACUGUUACAUACUCGAGAUUUACCGGCAGCGCUUUGGCUACACAUCCUCUGACACCUCCAUGAAAGGUACCGGGCAUGCACGACAAAGGCGCUCACACACCCUUUGUUCACCCGUUGACUGCAUCGCCUGUUUAACGCUAUCAGGUCUCUUGCAGUGCAUUCUGUAUAUGCAAGUGUAAAGACAGCACAGCCAGUGGAGCGCAGACACAACUUUAUGCAGGAUCUUUGCACGGCCAGACGCCUGGACGUGUGGCUAAAGCGCCGCCGGGUAACGUUAUUAUAUGACUAUAAUUAUUACUAUUCUGUAUAUCAUUCAUAUUAAUGUUAUUAUGAUUAUUAAAUACAUGUUGAAGCAUGACUUUGCAAAAAAAAGACGAAAAAAAAAACAAUGCUGUACAUUUUUAGAUAUUUUAAAGAAAUACAAAAAGUAUUUUUGUAAUCAAGACAAUGUUUGAUUGGUUCAUGUUGUGCUAAAGUGUGUGAGGAACUUUAAUUUCUUUUAUCUUUUGUCCCUUCCUGUUUGGUGCCAUUAUAAAAUGGCGCGUCGCCCUGCUAUACCAAAGCAGUCCUGUUGUCGGUCCGCUCAUGUCUUUUCUACAUACUGUGCAUAUUUAAGUUUGCUCGUGUCUUUUGUGUGGCGUCUUCACCCGACGAAGCCGACGUUUUAGUCCUGUGUCUGAUGUGCUUUGGUUCACCUGAGCAGUCAAUGUGAGUGAGACAAAACACACCUGAUCCAGCUCAUGAUUUUUGCAGUUUGAGGUAAUCAGAUGUGUUGAAAGUGGCAUUGACAGGAAUAAGCCAUCACCGGUGAAGGUGGACUGACCCCCGGAGACUGAAAACACAGCAAACUGAGCCCAGCUAUAAUAAGGAAUCUGCUCCUUCAUUGUGUAGCAGGAGGACAGCAGCACAGUAUAGAGAAACAAAAGACCAAAGGCAUUUUUUUUAUUACACUGGAGAGCUAUCUAGGCUAGUGGAAUUAUUCCAUUUUUGACUGCUUUGUAGUCCACAAUCUGAUUUCUUAUGAAGUAUGACGUUAUUUUUGCUGCAUGUCUCUUUUGGUGUCACUCCAAAGAGCCACUCUGCAUCUGAGAGGACAUUCACUUUAAGCAAUUUGUCUCUUUUGUCUAUUUUUAGGGAGCCAGCGUGAUUCAACCCGCUUUUGUAAAUUUUUGAAUUUACAUAGUAAUGAUUGGAGCGUGGAGAAUAAGAAAAAAAACAAUCUUUUGUAAUCUUGUGUAUUCUGGGCCUGCAAUAACGUCUUUGCUGUUUGACAUAUCAUCGAUUGAUCAUGUUUCUGUGACAUUUUGACGCCAAAAUUCUCAUUCAUGUUGCGUCCUCACAAAAAAAACCAAGCUGUGAUGCUUGUACUUUUAAUCCGAUGAGGCGAAGUCACAUUUCACAGUGAUGUGACAAUCAACGGAGACGCUGUAAGAAAAACAACCUCCUCUGUAACGUUUAGCCCAGGUGUGUACAAUCAUAUUGCAGUGGUUGAAUCCUAUAGUCAGUGUUUGUAAUGAAUAAUAAUAUUAUGCACAUAAUAUCAACUGAUUUUCUGAAGCAGUUUUUGCUUUUACAGACAUUUUUUUAAGCCAAGUGUGGCACCAAAUUUAAUAGAACAAGUAUUUAUAAGGUGUGUGUGUGUGCGUGUGUUUUUAUGGGUGUUAUGUUUUUAAGGUUCAUAGAAGAUGCCCAUCAUAUAAUUCAUUGUAAGUAUUAUUGUAAGUUUUAAUUGUAUAUUCAUUUGGUAAAUUUUCUAGAGCUUCUUCCUGUGUUUGUACCUGAUAUAUGAAUACUGUUUUAACUACAUAAUUCACUGUGAAUUCCAGAGAAAAACAUGACGCUCUUUGAACGAAUGGAUCUUUUUGUGUGUUGCCAGCAGAAUGGUACAGAAGUUCCUGGAAAUUAAUAUGAUGAUCCCUCCUUUCUGUCAGUGAGAAAUAUUCCUUUCAGUAUACCAUGUGCGUACCUGUGUGUUCUGUGCAUGUUCAUGGCAUGUGUGUGUGUGUGUGCGUGUGUGUGUUCCUUCUUUCUUUUUCCUAAUGCAUACAGUACUGUCGAUAUUUAUGUACUUUAGCCGCUGUAAGGAGAAACUGUAUUUCAGUGAAUUGCAGAGGUUUGUUUGUUUGUUUGAAACCAAAAAAAAAAAAAAAAGUGAUCAAAAUGAGAAGUUUUUAUGAAAAUGUUAAAUGAAGACAUUUCAGGCCAUCUGCCAUUAAAGAUUGACGUCAUCCCUGC